GCGUCGACAUUCCGCCACACUGGAUGCCGCGAAUCGGACGCGUUAUUGUCAUUGCCUUGUAAACCAUCACGUGUCGUACCGUUGUAAACUUUAACAGUGACCUAAUUACUACGUCAAAGCAUAUGCUUACUCCCAAAUCUAGUGAAACCAGUGACCAUAUAUAGCAUCAAGAUGUGAAAUGAGACAAAAUGAUUGAACAUUUCCGAUUGUUGCAACGCGUAUUUAAUUUUGUGACUCAGUGUACAAAGUUUCGAAGUGUUUACAUCGACUGUGAUUGAGACUGAGCUAUUUGCUCUUGGGCAGCGCUAUAUUGGAUGGAACGUUUAAAAUAGAACGCUUGAUUAAAUCACGGCGUAUGGAGUCUACAAUGAAUAGUGUUCUGGAGAAUUAGUUUUUAAUUGAUAGUGAAUAGUAAAUAUUAUCCAAAAUGUUUCGCUCGCGGCUAAUAGCAGCGCGUGGGAUUCUUUUACUAUGUUUGACAACUUUGGCGUAUUCAGAUGCUCAGCAAAUCAAUGGUCCUGUGAUAACUCCCUUAAAGAAAGAAAUAAUAUUACAAAAGGGACAAAACUUUACUAUUUCGUGUAAAUCCGACAAACCUGUCGAAAUAAAACAACAAGAAAUCCCCGAAGAAGUGAUUGAAUCAUUUUAUAUGGUACAAAGAAAUAAGACUGUAAUUGAGGGGGAUAACAAAGUGUACCAGACUAUACUCGAUCUUAUAAAUGUUGAUCAGUAUGCAGUCGGCUACUAUGCUUGUUUCGAAAAAGAUCUAGAUCCUAACACAAUUUUAAAUGAUUUGAGAGAAGAACCUACUAACACGGAUCAAGUCUCUUACAUUUAUGUAUACGUGGAUGGUACGGAUAGUAUAUUUGCGCCAAUGAGAGAAGUGGUUAUUCCUAAAGGCAACUCAAAAGUUGUAAUUGAAUGUAGACCUACAACACCAGAUGUUAUCGUUACAUUGAUAGGGGACUUUGCAGAAGGGGAAUAUAGUUGUAACCCGAAAAUCGGGUGCACCCUCGAUAGUUAUCUGUUAACAUUUUUGGAAGACCUGAUUACAAUUUUCACUUGUGGCUUUAAGCGACGAAAUAUACAGGCAACAAAAGAUGUUUUUGUAAAUAAACACGACAAUAUAGAACCUCCAAUACCUAAUAUAAAAAGCGAUUCCGAAUUAUUCCUAAGAGGAGAAACAUUUUCUAUAAACUGUACAGUUGAUUAUCAAGCAAACUCUGCUGUUGUCUUGACUUGGCAAACACCAGAUCCAUAUGCAAACAAUAUUUUACAUGAAACAAAUGAAAGGGAAAUAACUCAGGGCAUUUUAUACAAUAAUAUAACAGUUUACAAUGCAACUGAAACAGACGCUGGUGAUUAUAAAUGUAUAUCGAAGAAUAGAAAUGGGAAUAAGACGAGUAGAACGAGAAAAACGUACAAUGGCACGGAAGGUUACAUAAAGCUAGAAAAGCUCAAUAUGAAAAAGAUUGUGUCAACGGAUCCCAACAUCACACCGUUGAGGCUCUUUACGCUUGUUGAAGCCUAUCCUCCAGCACAAUUUUCUGUAGUGAGAGAUGGUAGUAUGGAAUUACCCUCUGGUGAAAAAUACUCUUUAAUUUUCUAUACAUCUGGUGUCGUGUUCCAAAUUAAUUCGUUAAAUAUAAACGAUACUGGAAACUAUACGAUAAUCGCAAGAAACCAGUUCAACACACGUAAUAUUACUUACGAUAUAAGGCCAAAAGCAUCACCUAGCAUCGAGUUUAAUCUAAGUUCCAGUAAGAGGUUUUUAUCAGGCACCAUUGCUACUUUAAUAUGCAAUGCAAUCGGAUAUCCUCGACCAACGAUCAGUUGGAAUUUUACAACUGACAAAGGAGAAAGACACAUUUUAGAAAAACAGGCUAAGAGUACCGCAGUUUCGAUCAUCAAAACAUCGUCGAUACUACAAAUUCCCGUUCGUUCAUCUGGAAACAUAACAUGCUAUGCCACAAAUACUAUAAAUCACACAUCUGUUUCCCGAAAGUUCCUUGUUUACGAAAUAAACAAUGGAUUUGGUGUUGCCAAUGAAAACAAUACAUGGUUCUCGGAGAAUGAUAGAGUGGUCAUAAGUUGCUACGCUUCAAAGUACGAAUUUACAGACGUGACUUGGUUUGACGGUGAAGGAAACGAUAUUGCUGAUAAUGUUAAAUUGAAAGAAACUCCGUACUCAUACGUUGCACAGUUGAUAUUUGACAGCAUAUCCUUAGAACAAGCUGAUAACUACACAUGUGCUGGAUUUAAAAACAAUGAAACAAGCGAAACAUUUACGAUUUCUAUAAGUGUCACAGCACAACGUUUACCUGAGAUAAAUAUUCCGAAACUGGAUGAAGAAGACGUAGAAGUGAUUCCAUACCACCCAGUGUAUCUAGUCUGCCAAGCAGAUGCUGUUCCUCCACCUACAAUACUUUGGGAAAAGGACGGUGUCCCUCUAAUUAACGCAACUGAUGUUGUUAUAAAAACUGAUUAUUUGAACCAUACAACGGUUAACUCGACCCUCGAAAUCGAGACCACUAUGCAGACAGACGGACGGGUGGACGAUAACAAGGGGAAAUACGAAUGUAUCGCAGAAAGUAGUGGACGGACCAUGAGAAAAACAUACAAUGUGUAUUUCAAAGAUAAAGCGACAUACAAAACCACGUAUACCAUUCUAAGUGUUACCUGCGCUAUUGUAUUUAUACUAGUCCUGUUAAUUGUAUAUCUCACUUGGAGAAUACAAAAAGAGAAACAGUUCAGGAAGGAAUUAGCGGACGCUGGACUUCUGUACUUUAAAGAGGGUGUUCCGAAGUCGCUAAAUCCAGAUUUAGGCAUCGACGAGCAAGCCGAACUAUUACCAUACGAUGACAGAUUCGAAUUUCCGCCAGAUAAACUUGUGCUAGGUAAACAAUUAGGAGCAGGAGCAUUCGGUGUUGUAUACAAAGCCGAAGCAAGAGGCAUUGUAAACGCUGAAGAAACGACUACAGUUGCUGUGAAAAUGGUAAAGAAAACAGCUGAUAACAUGUACAUCAAAGCACUGGCUUCAGAAUUGAAGAUUAUGGUGCAUUUAGGGAAACAUGUCAAUAUUGUCAACUUAUUGGGAGCGUGCACGAAGAAUGCGGGGAAAAGAGAGUUGAUUGUAAUUGUUGAGUACUGCAAAUUCGGCAAUAUUCACAAUUACAUGUUACGGCAUCGCGAGGUAUUCAUUGAUCAGCUGACAGAUAAUAAAGAGAAAAACCUUGGAAAAGUGAACAGAGCUUUUUCCUGCAGCAGUGGCAGCAGCGGGAUGCAUUCAGAUUAUUUCAGCUCGAAUAAUACUCAAGUAACAGAUCACACGUUUAUCAAUUCUGCAAAUACAAAUAGAUCUGAGAGAAAAGAUAAUGCAAAUGCAAAUCAAAUUCCACACGUGGAGUUUAUAAAAGUAUCCGACACUGGUUACGUACAACCAGAAUGGAGAUCAAAUUACGAAUGUGACUACCUUUAUGAAGGGCGAAAUCCAAGACCUCUAACCUCAAGAGAUCUAUUAGCUUGGGGAUUUCAAAUUGCAAGAGGAAUGGAAUAUCUUGCAAGCAGGAAGGUGCUUCAUGGAGAUUUAGCAGCCAGAAAUAUAUUGCUUGCUGAAGACAAUAUCGUAAAGAUUUGCGAUUUUGGAUUAGCAAGAAGUAUUUACAAGAACGAUGAAUAUCAGAAAAAGGAAAACAGUCCUUUGCCAGUGAAGUGGUUAGCAGUAGAAUGUAUGACCGACCGAAUAUUUUCUACUCAAUCGGAUAUUUGGUCUUUUGGUAUCGUGCUGUGGGAGCUUUUUUCGUUGGCUAAAACGCCGUAUCCCAACAUCAGUCCGACUAACUUGCUGAAAUGGCUUUUAGAGGGGCAUCGUUUGGAGAAGCCGACUUACGCGGACGACAGGCUCUAUGACGUCAUGCUGAAGUGCUGGGAACAGAAGCCCACCGCCAGGCCCUCCUUUUCACAACUACAAGAAAUACUCGGAUCCUUCUUAGAAGACAAUGUUCGAAAUCAUUACGUCGACUUGAACUCCGCAUACAUGGAGUUAAACGCAAAGUGUGAGGGCCAAGAGGACUAUUUAGCUAUGGUGUCGGCGCCUGAUUUCAAUAACCUCGUGACGCCGAGUCCUCAUCACUAUGUGAACGAAACUACGCAGUUCUUCCCACCGACGCCUACGCAGUUACAGCAUGACGACGAAGGCUACUUACAAAUGAGCCCAGCGAACCAACGCAUAUUCAGUCCACGCGCUCAAGACACUAAAUUUGAUUUCGACGCCCGUAAAUUGAACCCUAGAAUGACCGAGGCAAAUGGCCUCAGUUCAGAAUCGACUCCGAUGUUAUCCCUAAACAACCUUCCAGCGAGGAGCGGUUCGGACUCCGACUACGACGGGAAUUCAUCCUCGUACAUGCCCAUGUGUCCUCGCAUUGAAGAAGAAUCAGAUGACGUCUUCGAAGUCAAAGACAAAAACGCGAAAAACAGAGCAGUAACUAAUCCGACUUACAUUGCUUUUAACGAGAAUAAUAAGAAGCCCCUAAACAUUUCCAAUAAUUACAUUAAUAUAAACGUGCCCAAUGGUCUAGUCAAGUAGAUAUCUUUUAUGACGUACUCUUGUACACAUUUACAAUAUGUAUGUAUGAGUAUUAGAAUUCAUUCGUUGGUUUUGAUCUCCUUAUAAUAUUAUCAUUGAAUACAAAAUCUCAUUACUUUUAAUGUUUAAGCUAUUUUUUUUAUCGAAACUGCGUGUAACGGAAUGAAAGAUCCGUUUUCCUUUUAUGUACGAUUCUUAGUAACUUGUUACUAAAGAUUGUUAAUAAAUAAACAAGUAUUAUAUGUUGUUAUAAGUAAUACAAUAUAUUUAUUGUGAAGUACAAAUAUUAUAAUUAUGUAACUGAAAAGGAAAGUAAUGUCAUUAACAUUACUUAAAAGUGUCAGCUUAUUUCGCUAUUUACUGGUAGUUUUAGUAUUUUUACGUACCCCACCACUUUAAUUUAAUAGUUAUAUAUUUUCCAUAUUUACAAUUUGCUAGAUAUCCUCAAUAUAUUAUCAUUCCUUGCUUCUUCAUCUUUAAUACUUUUUAGUGAAAACAUUUUUGCAUUUAUCAAAAUUUUCUAUUAUGUACUGUUUUUAUAAACUUGAUAUUCAAGUUUUUAUUUGCGCCGUGAUAAGUUAGAUGUAUUAUAAAAGUUAAUUUAAGUUGAUGGAAUGUCAUAAAAUAUGCAUGCUUUCUGUUUCUGAUGUUAUUUGUAAGAUUUUAAGUAAGUAUAAGAAUAUUCUCUAUGUAUUACGUAUUUAUAAAGGUUCAAAUUCUGAAUAGAAAAAUAAAGCAUUGUUUUGAAAAAA